AUGGGUGUGCUGGGUUCUUCUCCUUCUUCUUUAGCUAUUACAAUUGUUUUGGGUUUGAUUUUGAAUGCUGUAGUGUGUUAUGGAGGAACGUCCAGCAAUUAUUCACGGACGGCUUUCCCAACUUACAACAACACUGAUAUGCCUGUUGACAGUGAGGCCUUUUAUGUUCCUCCAGGAAUCAACUCACCUCAACAAAGUGUUCAUAUAACACAAGGAGACCAUGUGGGAACAGCAGUAAUUGUGUCAUGGAUCACUCCUACUGCUCCAGGUUCCAAUAUAGUUCUUUACUGGAGUACUCAUGAAAAUGGCACAAAAAUUCAAUUGGCUGAGGCCACGAUUGGAGCCUACAGAUACUACAACUACACUUCUGGUUUCAUUCACCAUGCCAACAUCAGCAACUUACAGUUCAAUACCAAAUACUACUAUCAGCUUGGUGAAGGGCAGUAUGCAAGGACGUUCUGGUUUGUAACUCCUCCUGCACCAGGCCCUGAUGUCCCUUACACAUUUGGUCUCAUAGGGGAUCUUGGUCAGACAUACAAUUCAAACAGCACACUCGCUCAUUACCAAUUGGACCCUCUAAAUGGACAAACAGUGUUGUACCUUGGAGAUCUCUCCUACGCAGAUGACCACCCAUUUCAUGACAACGUUAGGUGGGAUACCUGGGGAAGGUUCGUAGAGAGAAGUGCUGCUUACCAGCCUUGGAUUUGGACAGUUGGGAAUCAUGAAGUUGAUUGGGCCCCUGAAUUGGGUGAACCUGUACCUUUUGUACCUUAUAGUCACCGUUAUCAUACGCCAUAUGAAGCAGCGGGUAGUACUGCACCCUUUUGGUACUCAAUCAAGAGAGGCCCAGCCUACAUCAUAGUCAUGGCUGCGUAUUCACCAUUUGGCUAUUCAACUCCUCAGUACAGUUGGUUCAACCAGGAGGUACUAAAGGUUAACAGAACUGAAACACCAUGGUUGAUUGUUCUAAUGCAUCCUCCAUGGUAUAAUAGCUACCAUAGUCAUUAUAUGGAAGGUGAAACCAUGAGAGGAGUUUACGAGACAACAUUCGUACAAAACAAAGUUGACAUUGUAUUUGCUGGUCAUGUCCAUGCUUAUGAACGCUCUAUACGUGUAUCUAACAUUCAAUACAACAUCACAAAUGGUCUUUGCACUCCAAUUAAAAAUUUAAGCGCACCUGUAUACUUCACCAUUGGUGAUGGUGGAAAUGAAGAAGGCUUAUCAAACGCAAUGUAUUUCCCACAACCAUAUUACUCAGCUUUUCGUGAAGCAAGUUUCGGUCAUGGCAUUUUGGAUAUCAAAAACCGAACCCAUGCUUAUUUUGCUUGGCACAGGAAUGAAGAUGGGUACGAUGCGAUUUCUGAUUCUCUAUGGCUUACCAAUAGAUAUUGGUAUCCAACUGACGAUUCUAACUGAUGAUUCCAUGAGUACUU